GAGGAAGAAGAAGAAGUACGUGAGAGCGCCAGAAGAUAAGGAGAAGAGCGACUGAGAGAGGAAGAAUGAACGGAGCAGAUCUGCCGCUUCCUCCAGGAUUCCGGUUCCAUCCCACUGACGAGGAGCUGGUGACGCACUACCUAUGCCGGCGAUCCGCCGGGCUGCCCAUUUACGUUCCCAUCAUCGCGGAGCUGGACCUGUAUAAGUACGACCCGUGGCAGCUGCCGGGGAUGGCGUGGUACGGGGAGAAGGAAUGGUACUUCUUCUCGCCGCGUGACCGGAAGUAUCCCAACGGGUCGCGGCCGAACCGGUCCGCCGGGUCAGGCUACUGGAAGGCGACGGGGGUCGACAAGCCGGUGGGUUCGCCUCGGCCAGUGGCGAUCAAGAAGGCGCUGGUGUUCUACGCUGGGAAGGCGCCCAGGGGGAUGAAGACGGAUUGGAUCAUGCACGAGUACCGCCUCGCCCAUGUCGACAAUUCCGCCGCCAAGAAGAGGCACUCCCUUCGGUUGGACGAUUCGGUGCUGUGCCGGAUCUACCACAAGAAAGGGGAGGCCAUUCCGGAGGGUAGGAGCUCUGCGGCGGUGGUGGAGGCGAAGCGGGAGGCUCCGGCCGCGGUGACGGCAACGGACUCGCUCUAUCUGGAUGCGGCGGAGUCGAUGCCGCGGCUGGUGGGGGAGUAUUCGAGCGGGUCGGAGCACGCGGUGGAGUUGAAGUGCGAGCGCGAGAAGCAGAGCCUGCCACCGUGGGAGGAGGCGGGCUGGGAGGCAGCCCUCACCUCCGGAACUAAUUACGAGUAUGCAAAUCCUCUGCUGUUCCAAGAAGACGACAUUUUCUCGUACAUGCAGAAUCCCUUCUAAUUUAUCUUGAUCUGCCACGUGUGCUGCUGGCCGGAGUACGUACUACCGCGGCAAUAGAGUCGGGAUUGCAUGAAAGACAAUUAGUAGUCGUGAUGAAAUCGUUGACGUUGAAAUAGAGAAAGAUUAUGUUCAUGGACCUGCCAAACAAUUUGGUUGACUACUUCUUUAUUCAUUUGACUUUCAAGUGGUCAAAAGCCUUUCGGCAUCAAUGAAUUGUUUUUGUGUGCGUCUGUGUGAGGAAAAUAGACUGUUGUAUGUUCUUUUGAAAAAACAAAAAAAAAAACAAAUGAUUGUAAAUGAGGAAUCAAACUAUUCAAAGCAAC